UCGUGAGGGAAGGUUGUGUCGCGGAAAUUCGGGACGAUAUUGACCAGUCAGUGUCCUUUCACGCGUUGAUUUUGGAUUUAUUAUGUUACCCAUAGGCCGUGGAUAAUCAGCCGACACACAGAGGCGAGCGGCGUCGAAGCAGUUGCACGAUGGUGCGGGAAUGCCCGACGCUCCUGCUGCCUCCUCCUCCGCCUCCUGCUGCCGCUCCUGCUGAUCAGCUGUGACGUCAUGGCUUCCGAGGCAUCGCCCCGCCCCCAUCACCACCCCCGCCCCUCCCCCCCUCCACCCCGGGAGCGAGACCCCAACGCCGACGACUCCUCGGGGUCACGUGACUUUGCCCCCGAUGACGUCAGCAGGGUCACGCCUGUCAAGAGGCGGAGGUUGUUGCCCUUGGUGGACCUCAGGGGCGGCGGCAUGGCUGGGUCGAGCGUGGAGCUUGGUGGGCGUGGCAGCGGCGUGGGCGGCUCACUCGGCCCUGGGAGACGCUCGCGCACGCCCCUCACUGACCUGGACGCGAAGUUCGUCGCCAAGAGCGGGCUGUGUGUGUCGAGCGAUGUGUGCGACGGGCGCGGGGGCGUGCGCAUCACCCACCUGACGGGCUCCACGGGCGGUGUGUCUGGCACGGGCGCGGGCGUGGCAGCCGGCGACGAAGGAGAGACGAGGUUCCCGCGGCUGGACCAGUGCGCCCACUUCCACUACGAGUAUGUGGAGCUUCCGCCAUUGACGGUGACGCUGGUGUCGGAGGAGCUGAAGCCGCUGUCCUCGGGCUGCAGCAGCGGCAGUAGCGAGGACACCGAGAACCGCUCCCUCCUGGUGCAGGUGGGGUCGCUGGGGCGCUCGUGGGUCCUGCGCCGCACCUACGAGAACUUCCGCUUCCUCGACAGGCAGCUGCACAGGUGUUGCUACGACAGGAAGUUCUCGCACCUGCCCGAGCUCCCGCCGGAGGAGAACCUGCCCGGGGACGACAGAGAGGCUGCUGUGGCGGGUCUGCUGGGGGAGUAUGUGGCGCGGCUGAGCGAGGUGGCGGGGUCGCUGAUCACGUGCGGCCCCGUCCUCAACUGGCUGGAGCUGGACAACCGCGGGCACCGCCUCAUCGUCACCGAUGACUCCGACAUCAACACCCCCGCCGUGGCCGCCGCCUACGUCGUCAAGAGGUACACCGCGCAGGCCUCCGACGAGAUCUCCUUCGAGGUGAGUACGCCCCCCCCCCCUGGUUUGGCCUCUCGUUUUUUCCAUUCCUCUUCCUAA